AUGAAUAAUGGGAAGAAAGAGGGGCAGCCUGCUGGUAAGGGCGUGAAGGGGGGUUUUGCUGUUAAAAGGGGUGUGGUUGCUGAGAUUUCUCCAAAGAAGAGCCAAGGACGUGCUCUGAAUCGUCCCUCCGUGAUGGGAAGGGUUUGUAGAGCUGGGGGUCUUUGUGUUCUGUGGCAGGAGAGUUUUAAGUUGAGCGUUAUGUCUUAUUCCCUUAAUCAUAUAUACACGGUGAUUGAGGGUGUUGGUCCUUGUUUUUGGAGGUUUACUGGUGUUUAUGGGUUUUCAAAGGUGGAGGAAAGAUAUUGGACGUGGGACUUAAUAAGGUCUUUGGCUCAGGGUGGUACAGGCCUAUGGUUACUCGGGGGAGACUUCAAUGAGAUCCUUAGGUCUUCGGAGAAGGAAGGUGGGCCUCCAAGAGAUUUUGAGCAGAUGGAGGCGUUUCAAAAAUGUCUAGAUGAUUGUGGUCUAAUAGAUUUAAACUUCUCGGGUCCGGUAUUCACUUGGAAGGGUAAGAGGGCAGGAGAGCUUGUCAAGACCAGACUGGACCGUUUUGUGGCAAACAAGGAAUGGAAGGAGGUGUUUUCGGCCUCAAGAGUGACUCAUAUGAAACCUUCUAGAUCCGAUCAUGUUCCAUUGGGUAUAGAGAUUUUAACGACCCGAGUUAUUAGGAGGGUGAAGAGAAAGCGAUUUCAUAUUGAGGAGUUUUGGUUAAGAGAUGCGGAGUGCAUUGAUGUGGUUAGGAAUGGGAGGGUUCAAUACAGCGGUGGGGAUCUGUUCCAGGCGGUCUGUCAUAAGAUUGAUCGGACUCGACGCGCUCUGUGGGAUUGGAGUAAUAGAAAGUUCGGCAGUUUAAAAAAAGAGAUAGAAAAGACUCGGGGCAGACUAGCGGUGUAUUAUGAUAGAGCUCGGCUAGGUUGGAGUGAUCAAGAAAGAGUGCAGCUAGAAAAGCGGUUGAAUGAACUUAUGGAACACGAGCAUAAUUAUUGGAAGCAGCGAGCUAGGAUCAUGUGGCUCACGGAAGCUGAGGCUGAAGUGCAAGAUAUUGUUUUACAUUACUAUGGGCAGUUGUUCACUUCCUGUAACCCUAGAAAUGUUGAUCUGUUCACGUGUUUGUUCCCGACGGUGGUUUCGCAAGAUAUGAAUAAUGAGUUGACAAGGGCUUUCACAGAAGAAGAAGUGCUAAAAGCGUUAAAGCAAAUGCACCCUUUGAAGGCGCCGGGUCCAAAUGGUUUUUCUCCUAUCUUUUAUCAAAAAUAUUGGCAUAUUGUGGGGAAGGAUGUUACGACAGCAGUGUGGAUUUUUAUGAACUCGGAUGAGCUCAUAAGGCAGGUUAAUGGUACUUAUGUCACUAUGAUCCCGAAGGUGAAAGUUGUGGAGCAUAUUACCCAACUACGUCCGAUUAGUUUGUGUAAUGUUCUAUACAAGUUAGGUUCAAAGGUAUUGGCUAACAGGUUGAAACCGAUUCUCAAAUCGGUAAUUGCUCCAAAUCAGUCGGCUUUUGUUCCCAGAAGGCAUAUCUCUAACAACUCUAUUCUGGCUUUUGAAAUCUCUCACCACUUGAAGAGGAUGUAUGGCGGGGGUAAUGAUUUUGGUGUGUUAAAGCUUGACAUGAGUAAGGCUUAUGAUAGGGUCAAGUGGGGCUUUCUUGAAGAAGUGAUGCGGAGUAUGGGUUUUCAUGGUGUUUGGAUUGGUUGGGUGAUGAGGUGCAUCAAAACGGUUUCUUAUUCUUUUAUUUUAAAUGGUGAGCCUCGAGGAAACCAUACUCCAACUAGAGGGUUGCGGCAAGGGGACUCCAUUUCUCCCUAUUUGUUCUUGUUAUGUGCUAAGGGGCUUUCAAGGAUGUUAACAUACGCAGAGAUGAGAGGUGGUAUACAUGGUGUUUCCAUCGCUACAGGGGCUCCUUCUAUUAACCAUCUAUUCUUUGCAGAUGACUCAUUCAUCUUCUUAAGAGCGGAGGUAGUGGAGUGGUACAGGUUAAAACAUAUUCUUCAAGUUUAUGAGGAAGCUUUGGGGCAGCAGGUUCACUUUCAGAAGAGUAGCAUAUCUUUCUCAAGAAAUGUGGCGAGGGAGGCUCAGGAUCGGUUGGCGAGUUUAUUGGGAGUUGAAAGGGUGGACAAGCAUGAUAAGUAUCUUGGUCUUCCAACGGAGUUGAGCUAUUCCAAAAAGGAAUCUUUUCAAUAUAUCAUGGAUAAGACCAGAGACAAGAUGAAGAAUUGGAAGGAUAAAACUUUAAGUGCAGCAAAGAAAGAGGUAAUGAUUAAGGCUGUGGUUCAAUCAGUGCCCACGUAUGUGAUGAGUGUUUUGGAGGUACUGAAACAUAUUUGCAAUGAGAUGCAUCGAUGCAUGGCGGAGUUCUGGUGGGGUGACUCGGAUAGGGGAAGGAAGAUACAUUGGGUGGCUUGGGAUAAAAUGUGUGCUCCCAAAAAUGAAGGGGGUUUGGGUUUCAGGAACAUGGAGCUCUUUAACCAAGCUCUCUUGGCGAAGAAAGGUUGGCGCAUAAUAAAUAGUCUAGACUCUCUCGUUACGAGAACUCUCAAGGCUAAAUACUUCCCAUCAGGUCAUUUUCUCAAAGCGGAAAUGGGUUCGGAUGCUUCUUAUGUGUGGCGUAGUCUUUUAAAGGGGAGGGACUUAUUGAGGAAAGGAAUUCGGUACCACGUCGGUAAUGGGGAGAGCAUAUCAGUUUGGCAUGAUCCUUGGAUCCUAAGACCUUGUACUUUUAAGACUUAUUCUACGGUUAUGGAGGGGUUAGAGGACCUCAAAGUAGCUGACCUGAUUGAUCCUGAUACUAGGGUAUGGAUGGUGGAUUGGUUAAAUGAGUUGUUUUUCGAGGACGAAGUGGAGGUAAUCUCGUUAAGUUUUCGGAAUCCGGAUGAUCAGUUAAUCUGGCAUUAUGACAAACAUGGCCUCUAUACUGUGAGGCGUGGUUAUUAUACUGCUAGAUGUGCUUUGGUCAGUCAGCAACAGGCGUCGACUUCUGCUCCCAGGAAUUCCUGCGACAAAUGGAAGGCUGUUUGGAAGGUCAAGGUGCAGCCGAAGAUCAAGUGCUUUAUAUGGAGGUUACUCAAGGACUCUUCUUCAACAAGGUCUGCUCUGGCGCAUCGCAUUGCAUUGGAGGACCAAAGUUGUUUGUUUUGUAGGUGUGCCCAAGAGACGUCUAUGCAUGUGUUUAAGGACUGUCAAGUAAUUGCUUGCAUGUGGCUGUGCAGUCCUUUGGGUUUACGGGCUAGGAACCAGGAAGCUAACUCCAAGUCUGACUGGUUUGAGAUUAUGAUGGAGACAUUGCAGAAGUCUCAGCUGGAGGUCUUUGUUAUGCUUUUGUGGGCGAUUUGGACUGGGCGAAACAAUAUUCUUUGGAAGGAGGCCCAAUUUGAUCCGGCUCACACAGUGAGAUGGUCUCUUAAGCUUCUAGAAGAAUAUCAUCAAGCUAAUCCAGGAAAUUCAAAUGGGAGGAAAAGUAGGGCUGCUGCAAAAUGGGAGUUCCCUCCACCUGUAUGA